CACUCACUCACUCACAGGGAGGGAGGGAGCGGCUCCAACAUUGGCCCUGAGAGCAAAGGAUGCUGACAGGAGUCUCCGCUCGGAUACAGAAAGACCGUCAGAAACGUGAAGGGAUGGGAUCGAAUGAGAGAGCGCUGCGUUUUCUGAACCAGGAUUACGGGGUGCUGCGUGGGGAGUGUCUGGAGAACUGCUGCCUCUUCGAAGACCCCCAGUUCCCCGCGAUUGCCUCAUCCAUCGGCUUCAAGGAGCUUGGCCCGUACACCUCCAAAACCAGAGGCAUCGUCUGGCAGAGACCCACUGAACUUGUUGCUGAUCCACAAUUCAUCACCGAUGGAGCAAGCAGGACUGAUGUGUGCCAGGGAGCUUUGGGUGACUGCUGGCUCCUGGCUGCCAUCGCGUCUCUGACCCUGAACAAUGAGGUGCUGCACCGGGUCGUGCCACAUGGACAGAGCUUCCAGGAGGAAUAUGCUGGAAUAUUCCAUUUCCAGUUCUGGCAGUACGGGGAGUGGGUGGAUGUGGUGAUUGACGACCAGCUGCCCACCAAGGAUGGAGAACUGGUGUUCGUCCACUCGGCCGAAAACAACGAGUUCUGGAGCGCACUGGUGGAGAAAGCUUAUGCCAAGCUGAACGGCUCGUACGAGGCGCUGUCGGGCGGCAGCACCACGGAAGGGUUUGAGGAUUUCACUGGCGGAGUGGCUGAGAUGUAUCAACUGAACAAAGCGCCACGAGACCUGUACUCCGUCAUCAGGAAAGCCGUGGAGCGAGGCUCACUGCUCGGCUGCUCCAUUGAUAUCACUAGCGCCCACGACCAAGAAGCCGUGACCUUUAAGAAGUUGGUGAAAGGUCACGCUUACUCAGUCACCGGGGUGAAAGAGGUGGAUUACCGCGGGCGCCAGGUCAGACUGAUCCGAAUCCGGAACCCAUGGGGACAAGUGGAGUGGACAGGAUCGUGGAGUGACGGCUCCUCAGAAUGGGAUCACAUUGGCGACGAUGAGAGGGAUGGAAUGGUGAACAAGGAGGACGGAGAGUUCUGGAUGGAUUUCUCUGAGUUCCUGCGGCAGUUCUCGAGGCUGGAGAUCUGUAACCUGUCUCCGGACGCGCUGCAGAUGGAGGAGGUCAGGAAGUGGCACACGGCUGUGUAUGACGGGUGUUGGAGACGGGGCAGCACCGCUGGCGGCUGCCGCAACAACCCGGCCACGUUCUGGAUUAACCCACAGUUUAAGAUCACUCUGUCGGAGGAGGAUGAUGACCCGGAAGAUGAGGAGUUGGCCUGCAGCUUCCUGUGCGCGCUGAUGCAGAAAGACCGUCGUCGUUUUCGGCGCCAGGGGCAGGACAUGCACACCAUCGGCUUCGCCAUCUACGAGGUCCCAGAGGAGUAUCACGGCUGUCAGAACGUGCACCUGAAGAAGGAUUUCUUCUUGACCCACGGGUCCUGUGCUCGCUCCGAGACCUUCAUCAACUUGCGUGAGGUCAGCUCCCGUAUCAGGCUGCCCCCUGGAGAGUACAUCAUCGUCCCCUCUACCUUCGAGCCCCGGCAGGAAGCUGACUUCGUCCUGAGGGUCUUCACUGAGAAACAAGCUGAGUCUGAGGAGCUGGAUGAUGAGAUCACAGCAGAUCUGGAAGAUGAGCCAGAGAUGUCGGAAGAUGAUGUGGACGAGAAUUUCAAAAACAUGUUUCGCCAACUGGCUGGAGAGGACAUGGAGAUCAGUGUCUUUGAACUGAAGACAAUCCUAAACCGGGUUCUGUCCCGACAUCACGAUCUGAAGACUGACGGCUUCUGUCUGGACUCGUGCCGAACAAUGGUUAAUUUGAUGGACAAGGAUGGCAGUGCUCGGCUCGGAAUCCUGGAGUUUCAGGUCCUUUGGAACAAGAUUCGCAAAUGGCUGGUAUGUGGCGAGUGCAGGAGGUGGUGUGUUAGUGCCGUGUUAGUGCCGUGCCAGUACCAUGUUAAUGAUGUGUUAAUGCUGUGUCUCUUGCAGGGCAUCUUCCGACAGUUUGACCUGGACAAGUCUGGAACAAUGAGCACUUACGAAAUGAGACUUGCCCUGGAAGCUUCAGGAUUUAAGCUGAACAAUCGGAUCCUCCAGUCCAUCGUCGGGCGCUACGCGGACAAUGAUACCAUCGACUUUGACAACUUCAUUGGUGCCCUAGUCAAACUGGAGGUCAUGUUCAGAUCCUUCAAAGCUCUGGAGAAGGAGGAUGGCACAAUAGAGAUGAACAUCAUGGAGUGGCUUACGCUGACCAUGUCCAGCUAGAAAACAGCUUCAACAACCAGACACAGCGAGCAAGUGCCUCUGACUCCAGUGUGAUCCUCACUCUGUACUCUAUACAGCCGCUCCCCCUUGAUAUCCAACCACUACCUUCCUCCUGUAUACAAUCUCUCUCUCCUGUAUACAAGCUUUCCCCUCCGGUAUACAGCCUCCCCCUCCGGUAUACGGCCUCCCCCUCCGGUAUACGGCCUCCCCCACCUGUAUACGGCCUUUCCCUCCUGUAUAUGGCCUCUUCCUCCUGUAUGUAGCCUCUCCCCCAUUGUAUAUGGCCUCUAACCACAGGAAUGGGACUCUCACUCCUCCUGUAAAUGCCCUCUAGCCACUCCUCCUGUAUAUGGCCUCUUGUGUAUAUGGCCUCUCUUCUCUCUCCUGUAUAUGACCUCACCACCCCCCCACCCCAUAAUUGAUCUUUUCCCCUAUUUUUCAUCUCUUCCCCCUACUAUUUUGGACUUAACCCCCCUUCAUUUUGACCUCUCUCCUGCUCCAAUAGUAACCAUGAUGACCACAGCCUGUUUUUAGCAUGUACGAUGAAUGGCUUCGCUGGCAUAAGAUGCAAUAAACUUUAUAAACAAUG